AAAGCCUUGUCUUGUUUACCUGUUCAAGUGAUUCCCCUGUAGCGUUGAGCUUUCUGCACACCAUAAGAAAAGGCAGAGAUCAUAGAAUUUUCAUUGACAACCUUUCUUUCACCACUCAAACAAUUUUCCCAUUCUUUAUAGAAAGGAAAAUCUAAAUCACAAAAUCUAUUUUCCCUUUUCAACACUCAAUCUCAAACAACAAUUUUCAAAAUCCUUCCUUCCAUUCCAAUUUUUCCAUAUCCGGUUUCCUUAUCAAAAUCUAAAAAAAAAAAAAAAACAAGAAAAAAGAGAAAAGGAAAGAAAGUUUUAGAGAAUUGACACCAUUGCUUUAUGAUUUCACCUUUUCCAUCCCACAACUUGAUCAAGAUUUCGAUUCCUAUCCAAAUUUCUUCUUCACUUUUCUUCACCAAAGCAUCUUUCCUCUUAAUAUUAAUCUUGUUCCAAGCCUUCUCCUUGCCUUCCACUUCUUCGCAAUUCACCGCCAAAAGAUCAAUUCUUUGUGACAAAAACCAAAAACCCAAAUCUCAAAUACCGUCAAAAAACAUAAUGAGAAUCCACCCAUUGCCCAGGAAAAGAAACAUCACUAUCCAAUAUGAGAUGAACCCAAGAACAACGAGGUCCCAAGCUGAGAGCUUGUUGAGCGGUGGGUCCCACAAAAAGCUCCGGAGGCUGCCCCACAUCUUCAGCCGCGUCCUGGAACUGCCUUUCAGGUCGGAUGCCGACGUGGCGGUGGAGGAAAGCCCCGACUGUUUCAAGUUCGUCGCCGAAACGGAUGGGAGAAUCGGCGACGUUGUGAGGGCUCAUACGGUGGAAAUCCAUCCUGGGGUUACUAAGAUUGUGAUAAGGUCGAAUAGUUUGGUGGAUUUUAGUUUGUUGGAUGAUUUGGAGCUUGACAUGUGGCGGUUUAGGCUGCCAGAGACGACGCGGCCGGAGCUGGCGAGUGCUGUUUAUGAAGAUGGGGAGCUAAUUGUGACGGUGCCUAAGGGAGGCGAAGUGGAGAAUUUGGAGGAAGGAGGUGGUGGAGGGGAAGCUGAAGGGAAUGGGGAGAUUAGAGGAGGUAUGGGAAAUGGUAAUACUAAUAAUAGGCUUGUUCUUGUACAGUAAAAAAAAAAAUCUCUUGCUUUGGUUUUUAAUUGCAUGUUAUUUUGAUUUUAGUUUUUGAAGGGCGUUGGUGAAGCUUAGCCUUUUCUUCUUUCUUUUUUUUUGUAUGGUUACUUUUUAUUAAUGAAUCAAAUCAAGAAUUGUUCUUCUCAAGCAUGCUGGGCAUAAUGGUAAUGGUAAUUUCGAUUUGA